AACUGAUGAAAUGGAGAUCACUAGGCUGCCCAUCUCCAACAGUUGAACUGAAAACUUUAAUAGACUGGGGACAUGCUGAGUCAAGGGUUUUGAUCACAGAAAUAAAACAAGAUGAAGAAGCUGAGUCUUUAGAGCACAUAACAGGUUUUCAUUGUCCUGUGGAAAACUGCACAAAACAGUUCUCAACACAAAGAGCAGUUGAUGAUCAUGUAUUAAUGGGCACCUGCUCAUUUGCUACAAAAGAGAGGCUAUGUGUAACAGAAAAGGCAAAAUAUAUUUACGCAGAGAAGAUUAUGAAAAUGUAUCCGACAAACAAAGAACCAGGGCUCCUUCCUGUUACCAGUGUUAAGGAUAUAAAAGUCAGGUUACCGUCAUUACCGUCAGGUUGGGCAUUAAAAGAAACAAAAGGCAGAGUUGUUUUCACCAAUCAGCAGAAAGAAUUCAUGAAGGAGAAGUUUAACAUAGGGAAAACUACUGGAAACAAAGUUGAUCCUUUUUGUGCUGCCGAAGAAAUGAGAUUGUCCGGAAAGUUCAAAAGGGCAGACUUCCUCUCUGGCCAACAGAUUUCAUCCUAUUUUUCAAGGCUCGUUCAGCUUGACAAAAAAACAUCUAAAGAAGACUACUGGGCUGCAGUUUGUGAGGAAAAUCAAGAUUUACUGAAAUGCAAAAUACAACAAGUUUUGAAAUAACAAGUGAUCAAUAUACCUUUAUUUGUCACUCUCUGUCAUAUGGGUACACCCACUUAUUAUUUUUAGAAUCGAUAGGAAAAGAAAGUAUAGUGCAGAAAAAAUUACAAGUUCCUUAAUUUGCAGACUUGCAUAAAAAAUAAAUUUAUGUACUGACAGAUGUACUGAACUGAGCCUCACUCAUGUUGAUAAGGAGUAUCUUUCCUACCAAAAAAGCUUGACAAAUGUAAUUUAUCAAGAAGAUCAGUUGAAUUAUUUUGUGUAUUAUAACGCUAGUGAGAUCUCUGAAAUUCCCCUACAUUCAUUUUUAGAGGUUUCCACAGACAGACACAUUUUGCUGAAAAAUGAAUCUGACAUGCUACUUCGACAUUUUAACCAAGGAAAGACAAGUUGAUGUGCUUUGAUUUGAGGGGUUACUCACUUCUGAACGAGAAAUCAUAGGGACAUAGCUAUGAGAAGUAAUGUUAACAUUGUAGCCUAUAGGAAAACAAUUAGUGGACUGUACCCAUAUGCAUUCUUUGAUAUCAUGCAUUGUCUUGCAUAUAUCAGUGUUAAGCACAAGAAUUAGUGUUCAUUGAUUCAAUUCCUUAUCAUGACUACACUUGUAAGUCCCUGCAAUUAUUUGUGUCCUUUUAAGUUGACAUUUACUAUAUGUACAUAUAGAACUAUUAGUUGUUCAAAAAAAUCUGAAUUUCAUGUUUUCACUUUGAUAUCAAAAUUUUAUGCAAGUCUGUAUUGCAUAGGUGUCUAAGAGACUAGAGUAAUAAUUGAUGGAGAUGAUGUUAAAAUUACAUUUUUAGGAGCACAUUCAUUUUGGAAGUAGCUAUAUUAGUCAAUAAAGUGCCCCGCCACAGCAUGAUACGCCCGUCAAAAAAUUACAAUUUUCUUGAACAGUUUAGGUGCAAGAAAAUCACAUCAACCUUGAUUCUAAGAUUUGAUGAUUUUAAUGUAAUUUUUGUAUUUUAUACUUCAUUCAAUAUAUUCUUACUCAUAAUACAUACUUGCAGAGAAAAAAAAUGUACAUUGUAAAUUCCCUUAAAGUAUUCUUAACAAAUUAUUUCAUAGUUUUUAUUUUCAAACAAA